AUGAGUGACGUCUCGCGUGGUCCCAACACCUAUCCACGAUGCUGCUUCAACCUAUCCCCGACUUAUAACGCAUGGUGCAUGUUCCGGGUGGCAGACAUCCGUCGUCUGAGAACGCAUCCCGACUAUGAAGGUAAUGCCUUUUCCACCAACCCCUCCUGCAGCGCAGCGCUAACCGCAUGCGCAGGUCAGGACAUCUACUUCUACAAUAACCUGCCAGUCAGAUGGGUGCGCAUCGUGGGGAUAGUAGUAGCGAUUGACGAAUUCUCCGGGCGACGCGUCUUCACGGUCGACGACAGCAGCGGAGCGUGCAUCGAGACGGUCACACCUUAUACGACUCGCGCGGCAGUGCCGGCCGGCAACGACAACCACAGCAAUGAUAGUAACUCGGGAAGGGCAGGGGACACAGACAUGAAACCCUAUCCCUACGCGGGGAUCGAUGUCGGCUCCGUCGUCGACGUGAAGGGCGGUCUCACCGCCUUCCGGAAAGAGCUGCAGAUCAGUAUCGAAAGGAUGGUCGUCCUGAGCGGCACAACGGAAGAGUUGGCGCUGUGGGAAAAGAGGGCCAAGUUCCAGCGCGACGUGCUCGGAAAGCCGUGGAUCCUAGACCAGGGUGACAUUAUGCGGUGCCGCGAGGAGGCGGAGCAGGAGGAGAGAGCUGCCGAGCGCAAGGCCAGGCGGCUCCGGGAGGCAAUCGCGCAGACGUCACUGGACCACAAGAAUGCCUACAGGAGCAAGCCUGCUAUGGGAAAGAAGCAGCCCGUCCGGGAGAGGGAGUCUGAGUCUCCCGAAAGACUGCCGAGGAAUCUUCGAGAGCUGGUUCAGCGUGGCGACCUGCCGAGGGGCCAUUACAGUACUCUGGGGCUGUAG